AUGGGCCGUGGGGGUUACAAUGGAGGAGGUCCAUCCGUGAAGAAGCCGCAGAACGAUAAGUUGUACAUUUUUCCAAAUUUGCUUCCCUGUCUCCUGGAGAACUCGCAAAUCGCGCAAGCCGGAGAGAACCUCAAAAACGAAGGUGGGGGCGUCCAGCACGAAUUUGGAUAUUUGCUCCAACUACCGUCAAGUACAGUAGCUCAAUCGAAGAAAAGAGAGUUCAAAUUGAAAAUCUUACGUAUCAUUGGACUUCCAAAACAGCAAGAGUCGCACAGCUAUAAGUGGAUUGCUGCCUCAGAUCUAUUGAGCCUGACCCCUGGGGGAGCGAACCUGGCUCGAGAAUAUCAUCUCAACAAUCCAGACGCACCACGUCCGCCUGCCUACAGUCACACGGCCACGACGCUUCAGCUACGUCCAAACCCACCAGUGGGCCGUUCCAGCCCGAGUAAAUAUGGAGGCCCUCAAGUAUGGCAAGAGAGAGCAUACCCUACUGCAUCAACUUCGCCUCCGUCGUUCCCCAAUACUCUGGAAUCUGCUACGCAACUCCAAGGGGCGCCUACCUUGAGUCGUGUCGACUUCAGCAGCUUUGUAAACUCGAUGGACGAUGCAUCCUUUGCCUACUUGUCCCUACUUCGCGAGUAUGCUUCGAGACCGCUACAGGGAAAAGCACUUGAAUACAGCGGUCUUUACAAAGCUAUGGUGUCUCAGCAAGCCAUCCACGAAGAGCGUUGCCGCGUAUCCAUCGUGGAGUUCAACGAGAAAGGUCUUAGAUCAAUCACAUUCACGAUAUACGACGAGUUCAAGUCUUAUAUUGACGAACGUGUAAGCAAAAAAUCACUCCGGUUCGUUGUCCUUCUCGAGGAUCUUCCUAUACGCCUCGUUUGUCUACUUGGAUCACGUCUGUGCAUACACCCUACUAUUUUUGCUCGCCACUACAGCACAGGAGAUAGUUCGCUCAUCUCUGAGUGCAUUGGAGAUCUUCCCUCUAUUGAGCAGACAAGGACGAAAGAUGGACUAGAGUACGAGAGCGAUGACGAAGCGCUCCAUGAAGCAGCUAAGAAGAGGAGCUUUACGCUGCGAUAUCCCAUUGCAAUGCCACACUUGUCUGCAACGCAUCACCCGGAUCCGCUGAAAUGUCCUCCAUGGCUCAAGCCUAACAAGAGACUUAAAGAUCGCAGCGCAUACGCUCAGUUUGUCGUAGAAAGAGUUCUUGGUACGUCAUCCAAACGCGACAAGUGGGAUAGUCGCGGCGAUAUUUCCGAACUUGAGGGCCAGGUGACCUAUUGGUUCCGCACAUCCCCCGAAGGUGGAUAUAAUGGUACGUAUGGACACGCUCAGGUCAUUCUGAUUUACUGA